GGCGGUCCCCACUCCAUAAGCUCAUAUUUAGCUGUGCCUGAGAAGCUCGUUGUUGAGGCGGAAUCCGAUGAAGAGGAGGAGCCUCAACAAGUCAUCGUUCCUGUGGCAACAACGGCUGCAGAGGGGAAAGGGCACGAAGCCCCCCCUCCAAAAAGGGUGAGAGUUACCUUUGGGCCUCAGCCAACUACGCUAGUGCAGGAGAAGCACAAGGGCGGACUCGUCGACCUGCUAGUCAAAUUGGACGGGUCCGAUGAGGAGGAGGAGCCCUGCCCCGCCGUUGCUGAUGUGGCCCCUAAGACUGUUGCGGGGAAAGAGCGCGGAGCCUCCUCCCCGGGCCGAGGGGAACAAGUCUCGAAGAAGGCCAAGGUCGCCCCCAAGUUUCAUUCCGCUGAGCAGGUGCAUGAGGGUGCGGAUGAGAGGAUGGCCGAACGGAUCAGCCAUGACACCCAGCAUACAGUUACUUAUGCCUUCCCAUCUUCGAGUGCCUCGAUUUUGCAUGAAGGCUUCCCGGUCGUGGAUUAUGCUUCAUCAAUCCUCCCACCAGGCGACCUCACCUGUACGACUUCCCAAGAGUUUCAUCCCCUCUUGGAGGGUUCCAUCCGAUCACAUAUUGAGGGGCUCGCCAAGACCAUCGGGGCACUCCACGCGGCCAAUCAUUCUCAGGUCAGGCUUCAGCGCGAGGCUGACGAAGCUAGGGUUGCCCUGUGGGCCAGCCAGAAAGCCUUCUCCGAGCUGCAGUCCUCGCGUGCACAAGAAUGUGAAGAAGCGUCCAAACAAGGAGCCAAGAAAGCGCUCUCCGAGUUCCAGGCACCUGAGCAGUUCCAGAAGAUCAUCUCUGCGAGGGUGCAAGCGGAACAGUCUGAACUAGUGCAGAGGUGGCUGACGACCCCCGACGGAGAGUAUUGGCGUGCUCGCGAAGUCCUCUAUGCUUUUCAGAGUGGCAAGUAUUUGAUGCAGCAGAAGAUGUGUGGCCGGUUGAAGGAUCUCGACCCUGACUUUCAUCCAUCCACACUGGGCCUUCCUGGUCGCAUGAAGAAACCCGUGGAGGCGAUAGCCCUUCUUCCCCCAGAGGCCGUCCGUCAGGAGGAGGAGCUUGGUAGUUCGAACGAAUGGGCCUGGUUCUUUCUGCCUGCUCCGGGGAACAUGACUCCUGUGGCCCCCGGCCAGGACUUGGUUGGUGUGUUAGAUGAUGUUCCCGAGGUUGAUGGCGAUGGGCCUGUCCAGCCAUGACCUUGUAUUUUGUAUUUCCUUUGUUUCCCACUUGAAUACUUUGUGGAUGUUCGAUUUUUAUUUCAUACGCCUCCUUUUCUAUA